CACACACACACACACAGACACACACACGGAGGGGGGGCAAAGUAUGACGAGGACUCAAGCUGCGACAAUGCCGACGGCUUCUUAAGGACGUGCCAUAAAACAUAAUAUAUUGUUACUUUAUUAAAACACGUUUAGACGGUGUUUUCCACGACAAAACUCUCCCUUGUGGCACUAGUUUGACAAGCAAUACAUAUUCAUCCGCUUCUCCAUGAGUGUCAAGAGCGCAGCAGUACCCGGAUGGACUGUCAUGGCCGCCGUCGCUGUGGUUCCACAGAGAGGAGAGAAGGAAGGCAAAUGUUUCUGCUGUGUCUUUUUUCAACAUUCACCUUCUUUUUAUAUUUGCGGACGUUGACGGGACACGUCCUCAACUUCCAUCGAGUUCAUAGCACCGUGGCCACACUACAGGCUCCGCAUCUUAAGAGGCAGCAUGCAUUCAUGGUUGAGGUUUUCCUAAAGGACCACAGAGUUCUGAAGAUUUGCAAGUAUGGAAGAGGACUUCACAAUACCUCAUGAAUCUGCCAAAAACUGCAACAUAACAAUAAUAGAGGAUGAAAAAGAAAAGGUGAAAGACUUUGUGCAUAAGCAUUUCAGAGAAGUAACAGAUGGGCCACUCUUCAGUAAUGCAGAAGAACCUCUCAUUAUGGAACAUGAGAGCUGCACUAAGAAAGAGAAGACUCUCAAAAAAGCCCAUUGUAAAAUUCAGCAGGGGGCUGUUUUCUCAGGAAAGAUUCUGAGUUUUGGAUGCUCAGUGUGUAAAGAUAAUUUCACAUUUAGCCCCAAUGAUCUCCUGAAACAUUUUCGAGCAGUUCAUAAAGGAACCCUUCCUACAUACCCCUGUGACUUGUGUGAUUUUGUCACAAAUGAAUUCCCUGCUCUUCAGCGCCAUCGGAUUGAGCACAGGAAUACUCUGGUUACAUGUGAGCUCUGCAACGAUGAUGUUCAGUACUCCUUGCUUCUGCUUACCAGACACUACAUGUUGAGUCACAGCCUUAAUGGACAGUUUAACUGUGACUGGUGUGAGUUUACAACUGUGGAUGCAGGGACAUUUGUCCAGCAUAUCCAUCAUCACAAUGAGAAUCAUUGGAAAUGUUCAAAAUGUAAACAUAUUAGCUUGAAUGAAGAGGAUCACCAAAAGCAUUUGAAAGGUCACUUGGGUACAUUCCCCUUCACUUGUCAAAUCUGUGGAUAUGGUGCAGCAAGAAGCGAGUACCUUCAAAAACACACCGCAGCUGUUCACAAAGAAGAGGCUGAUAGGAGGAAUGCAUGGAAGCCUACAGCAGACAAUGGCACACCAGCAAAUGCAUCUGCAACUUUAAAAGUGUUGGUUAAAAAGAGUCGUGAAUCACAGGAGGCUCAGAGGGUGUCAAAGCUGAACUGUCUUUCCGGGAGUUUACCAAACCAAAAUGGCAGACUAAUCAAACCAGAGAUAUCUUUAGAGAAAGGCCACAACUUUUUGGAUGGGGCUGUUGUGCAAAAGGAAGUCAGAAGUUGGAGCAAAGGUUCUCAUAACACAGUCAUGUUACAGGAAUGUGACAAUUCUACAGGCUCUGAUGGUGGCAGUCACACCACUGCUAAUGGACUGACUGUUCUGAUGGUUAAGAACAAAAUUUCUCUUCCCCCUAACUGUACAACCAAAGUAAUGGGAUUCAAGAUGGUUGAUGGGAAAAAACAUUUAGUUCUCAAAGUCAUCCCAACAGCAAAGCAAGACUUGGCUGCUCAGAACCAUUCCGUAGUUGAAGGUGUGGGCUUCUCAGCACUAAAUCCUGUGUUGGAUAAAAGUAAAGUCAUUAUUAACAACGAGCAGUACUCUGACAGCAAGGGCUUAACAUCACAUUGCUCAGCUGUGUCACCAAAAAGUGCAUCUUGCAUACAGAUGGAUCAUGAUGAUAUUAUGGCAGUAAAAGUAAAGAUUGAGGAAGAGGAAACCUCUGUUUGCAACCUUAAUGCCACUCCCCAUAGAGAUGAUAUUGGGGACCAAACAAAUCCUUUACUAAAUGUGUCUUCGACUUGUGCAGAUACAUUGUAUCCAAUGACAAAUGAGCUGGAACAUGAAGGCCACCAAAGUAACCCAGAUGACACGGCCCACACAGACAGAAAUAAGCUGAAAAAUAACUCGAUCUCUGCAACGCACAACCAUGAUGCAUCCAGCCAUAGUAUUUUUAAAAUGAGUAAUACUACAACAGUGUGUGCUGGUAAAGCAACUGGUUUAUUCUCACCUUUAAAACUUGCUCAGGAAAGACUGCUUUCCAAAUUAGUUUUGAGAAAAACUGUUGAGAACUGUGGAGCUAUGGAUGAGUUACCAAUGAGCGAUGACAACGAAAAACACACUAGGAAAUGCCAAGAGAAUUCUGCUUUAAACACUCCAGAAAAUGAUGAGCUAUCAGAAAAACCUAAUGGGGUUAGAAGUGAGAUUGAAAAUAAAAUAGCCAGUACAAUGAAAGAAAUCUGCUGCCUCCAUCUCAGCCAUCCCCACUCACCUCAGUUAGCAACAGAGAAAGUGUCAUUGACUCAGAGAAACACACACAAAAGUCACCAAACCAAGAAGUAUUUACCUUUCACAAUUAUUCCAAGGAAACAUUUAGCAGUUCUACUACCACUACCCCAAACUUUGACAGUUAUCUUAAACACUCGGCAGAUAAAGAAAAUACUUGUGAACCAUCACAAUUUGGCUUGACAUUGGAGGAGUCUCCAGAACAUUUCACGGAAAGUACAGAUGGGGAAAUUGAGGUUGAUGAGUGCAUUGCUAGUGUUGACAGUUCUCUGAGUGAGGAAAAUCCUGACUCGGUGCUCCAAGACUUCAAUA